UUACAAGUUCAUGAACGUCUGUGUCUUCCAACCCUCAUCUCCACCCUCCAACGACUGACAGAGUGAGAGUUGAAGAGGUCUUGUCUUGCCCAAAAGUUACGCUAUUUCUUCUUCUUCUUCGUCUUCCUUAAGAAAUUUCGUUCCACUUAUCAGAUCGUUGGGUUUUUUGUACAAUCUUGAAGCUCAAGACCGAAUGAUCGGAGCUGUUGAAGUAUUAAGGAUCGGAGUAAUUUAUUUUCAGCUUCCUUUCUCUGUUUUAGAUGGAUUCAGUCUCACAGAGAUUCUUGGAAGAGUUGCGUCAGUCCAUUGUUGACAGCAAUGAGGAUAGUGGUAUGGUAGGUGACCAUUCUGUGCAGUCUGCAACAUGUGCUCUAUGCCAAAGGACUUUUUCCCCCGAGAAUGUGGCAACUGGGGAUCUUGAAACUAUCAGCAUGUGUGGGGACUGUAAAUUUUUGUACCUUGAAGAUCAUGGUGGCCCCACACAUGAUUCUUAUCAGGGGACGCCAUCUACGAGAAGAAGAGCUAGGAACAGCAGUUCUGAGUCACUUGAUAAUAUUUUCUCACAACAAUUCUCACAUAUGAUUAAUCUGAUGCGGCAAAACCAAUCCCCUGGCUCUGGGCUUGAGGAUUUUCCUGCAGAUGGUGAUCCAGCUGCUAGGGUAUCUCAACGCACAAGUUCCCGUACUACACCAAGUGGGUCUAGAAGAUGGCGGCGGGUACUUUCUGAUACUGAAAGUGAUGGUUAUGAUAACGGGGAUUCUCUGUAUGGGGAAAAUGAAUCAAAUCUGAGUUUUGGUCGGUACAGGGCAUUUCAUGGUGAGAGUGAUGCGAUUUCUUUUAGUGCUUAUGGAGGGGACUCUGAUGCUUCUGUAGACCUACAUGGUUUCCUGGAUACAGAAACGAUUAUUCAACCAGAUGAUGGAAGUGCUUUUGAUAGUGAUACUGACAUUGAUCCAAUGCAUGCUGGUCUUGACCAGUGGAACUCAGAUGACACUGAAGAAGAAGAAGAAGAAGAAGAUGAUGAUGAUGAUGAUGAUGAAAGGGAUGAAGAAGAUGAUGAAUGGGAAGAAGCUGAUGCUGAAAUAAACAUAGUGGAAUCUAGAGAAGCCCCAGGUCGGCUUCGAAAUCUUUUAGUUUCGAGUCCAGGUGGAAGUAAUGGCUUAGUCAAUUGGCGCCAACAGGUAUAUUCUCCUGAAUCUGAGGGUAUGAUUCGCUGGAGAAUGAGGGGAAGGAGUCAAAUAUAUACCCGUAACAUCUUUUCUAACACGGAGGAAUCAGAGUUGCUGCCAUAUGUUGGAAAUUCGGGUGAUUAUCUAGAUGCGGGAGGCUUUGAGGAAUUGCUCGAGCAUCUUGCUGAGGCUGACAGCUUAAGACGAGGAGCACCUCCAGCUUCUGUGUCCUUUGUGAAAAGUUUGCCUCGUGUUGCUAUUCAUAAGGAACAUGAGAAGCAUGAUGACUUAGCAUGUGCAAUUUGCAAGGAUGUGUUGACAAUUGGUACUGAAGUGAAUCAGCUUCCCUGCUCUCACCUGUAUCACCCUUCCUGUAUUUUGCCAUGGUUGAGUGCACGGAAUACUUGCCCUCUUUGUCGGUACGAGCUACCAACUGAUGACAGAGACUACGAAGAGGGGAAGCGGAACAUUAGUGGUAGAGUGGAGAUCCGCAAUGUCCAGCAGCAGAAUGCAAGUGAGGACAGUUCCUCUGUUGCUUUCAACAGAGCUGAAGAAGAUGAAGAGUUUGCUUUCAGUGAAAGGAGAAUGGAGCAGAGGUUCCUAUCUGAUAGGGGGGCAGCAACAACUAAUGGUUCUGGUGGAGAAAAUAGUCGGGGGAGAUGGUUUCUUCUUGCUGCUGCCCCAAUCGUGAGUCUCGUGGGCAUUGUUCUUGUGUUGUGGUUAGGCAGUCCCCUAAUGGAAAGAAGGGGUCUGGCAGGAAACCACAACUUUGCUGGUCAGGCCCGACGCCCAACCCAUGUCACUGGCCCCUCACCCAACCCCAGGGAGAACAGAAGCAGGAGAUGGUGGUCACUUUUCUGAGGGGUUCUUGAAUUGUUGGUAAAUAUAGAUGCUAAGUUUGGUGUUUUUGCUUUCCUGACUAUUGUUUUUUCGGCCUGUAGCACAUGUUCUGCUGCAGGCAUUCAGCAAGAAUUUUCCAAUUUUUGAUGUACAAUCAUAAGUCAAUCUGUCGAUUGAUUGUACGGUUGCCUAUUUACCUUAUAUGCGAGCUCAGUGUUCUAUGUAAUUCAGGUUGUUGAGCUCUCCUGUCACCUCGUAGUUUAAACCACUGAGAUUUAAGCUUUUAAAAGCGCACAGCAAGUUCACUAA